UAUAUAUAGUAUCUGUAAUUUUUGAAAUUGAUUUCCAGAUGGAAUCCAGAAGUAGCACGUGUGAUAGGUCUAAAUGAUUCAGUUAUUACAACUUUUCCUGAAUUACGAGAACAGUUGUUGGAGUUGAUUGAUUGUUUCAUAGCACAUAGAGCAGAAGUUAAUGUUUAUCUCGGAGACACACCUGCUCUUAUCCGUUUGCUUUUCACAUAUCCUGAUCUUGAACUUACUGAAAAACUGAUCCAAGCUGGAGCAGACAUUACAUCAACAGAUUCUCAUGGAAAUACUCCAUUAAUGGCUCUGUGCCGUCCAAAUUGGAAACUUCAAAAUAAAUUACAUAGAGAAGAGCAUUUAAAAGAUGUGUUGAAAUAUCUUUUGCAGUUUACAACAUUAGAUCUUAAUUAUGUUAACUGCAUGAACCAGAGUGCUCUAUGGUAUCUAUUUUGUACAAGCAGUUUAAAUUUGGCAAAUACUCUAAUUGAAGCUAAUGCAGAUCCUUCUAUUGCUGGAGUUGGAUACACUCCUUGUGGCCCUUGUCUGUCUUCUCCAGAUGUAUUAAUUGGUGGACGAAUACCAGCAGUCUUGAUGUCAUUAACAAGAACCUUAAAGUCAAGUUUUGUUUAUAGAGAUGAAUGGAAAGCAGGGGAACUUCCAUUUACUGUAUCAGAAGAACUAUCAGCUCUUGUUGAUUCAGGAUUGCUAAAUAAAUACUUUGAUAAAUUAGAACGAUCGUUAUUUGAAUUACUUCAAUGGAAUCACUACAUCAAUAUGCAUUUUACUACCCUGGAAAAAUUGCUGAAUAAAAAUUUUAUUAUUCCUAGUCUACUGGGCAAAACAUCUCUCACUCUUAGACAGAGAUGCGCUCGAACUAUAUUUAGUUGCUGUUUGGAUCAUCUCACUGCGAAAUAUGGUGUAUAUAAAGAAGAAACCGACGAGAAAGAAAUUACAAAAAUGGACCAAAGUUGUUACCUUAAUUCAGAUAAUCAUAUCGAAAAUGACACUCAAUUGGAAAGUAUUCCGGAAGAUGUGACUUGUGCUCCGUAUCAAGCCAGAGAGAAUAAUAUACUUCACAUUAAAUCAUUAUUUAUGCAAAAAUUGUUUCAAAUUAAAUGUGAAGAUCUAAUCGAUCUGGUAAAGAAACUGUGUCUUCCACUACCAUUUUCCACUUUUUUAAAUUUUGAGCUGUAUCGGUGGAAAUUACUUUUGCUACUAGCAAAUAGUCAUUACGACCGUUUGUCAUGUUACUGCGAAAUCAUAAGCAACGUAGAUUCCACCAGUGAUUCGGACAUAUCUCCUAACACUUCUUCCAUAGAAGUUCCAGAAGAACUUCUUUUUGAGCAAGUCGACACAGACGAGGAUGAAAUUGAUACCGAUGGAUACGAAGGUUACGACAACGAAGAUGACAACGAUAGUGAAGAUGAUCUUAUGAUAUCCAUAAGAAGCAAGAGACGAAUUCAAUUAUUGAAUGAAGAAAAUGGUUACAUGAUGUAAUCGUUUCACUACACGGUACUCUUGUUUAUAUAAUUAGUUCUUUUAAUGUGAUGAUAAAAUUCAUAUUAAAAAUAUUUUAUUAACAGUUCUGGUGCUUCGUACAUUGACUAGAAUUACACUAAUUUUGUAUAAAUACAAAUUAAUGUUUAAAGUUUUUUAAAGCUCGAAUUAAAAUACUUUCAAUAUUUUA